AUGGCGGUAGGUCUUGGAUCCAAAGCUGCCGACGAGGAGGCGCGCGCGGAGGUUGAGGUGCUCAAUUCGCGGUUGGAGAAGACCAGUCAAUUGAGCAAGAAGAUACAAGCGUCCCUGUCCCGCCUCGAGUCAAACGGAAAGUCGAUGCAGGAUGCUAUCGGCCCAGUCUAUGGCAAUACCCAAAGACUGCAGGUCCUGGGAUCAAAUAUCGAAGGAAUCCUCUCAGCGAUUGAAAAAAUUAGGCUGCCCUCGGAUAUCAAGAACAGUGAGGAGGAUGUUAUUCGCAAAGGACCAGAAAAGGCUGGUUUAUCAGCGUUCCUUACUUCCGUCAAAAAUGUCAACAAAGCCCUCGCUGAUAUGAAACGAACAAACCUUCGAUCGAAUCAACAAUCAUUGGCGGAUCUCAGCAGACUCCUCAAAUCCGGCAAUACCCAACUGGAAAGCUACUUUGCAAAGAUCCUACAGGAAGAGUCGAGACCUAUCGAGCCACUUCACUUUGUUACCAAAGACAAGCCAUUCCCUGCUCUGGGCCAGGAUAAGAUGACUCUCCUAGGUCUGAUUAACUCAUACAUUGCCUCGAGCACCAGACAGAACGGACUUGGUGGGGAUUCGCCAAUGUUGCAGGCAUACGCAAGUGUCCGGGGCCCAUAUCUCAUUUCGACCCUCCAGAACCUCGCCUCUGCAUCGGUCAAUACCGCAAAGAAGAAAACGCCCGACGCUGUUUAUCGACAGGGUACAAAUGGCAUAGGGACGUAUGCGAAGGGAAUGGAAGCGGCUUUCGUCGCCGAAUACGACAACAUAUGCAGUCUUUUCGCCCGAGACGAAUGGAGCAAGGUAUUCAACCUAACUUGCCAGGGAGCUAUAUCAGAACUUGCUCGGACCCUUCGAGAACUGAAUGCACAUAUCAAGGCCAAUCUGAGCACUGAUUGCUAUCUUGCUUACGAGAUAAUGGAGAUCAUGACGGGUCUCUCUGCGAGCCUUGAUAGUAGGACAGGCGAGCUGAAGCCUUCCUUUGCGGCAGCAUUGAAGCCCAUCCGAGAGACGGGAAAAUCAUCGCUGGCCGAUUUACUAGAGGACACACGCCGUCGCAUAAACGGACUCCAAGCUAUGCCCCAGGAUGGUUCUCCCCUACCAGUUGUGACGGAGACGAUGACUCGACUGCAGACUAUGGUCGAUUUUCUGCGUCCGAUAUCAAGUAUUAUGAUCGCCAUUGGGGACGGGGGGUGGAAGGCGAAUGCGGCACCAGGAAAUACUUCAGACCAGAUCCCGAGCCUGAAGUCAUUCGAUAUUUCAGCAGACGGCAAGCAGAUCUUCGCCCACUAUUGUAUAGACACCAUCGACACGCUCCUGACGUCCCUGGAGCAGAAAGGCAAAGUGCUUAUCAAAAGCAAGCCAGCCUUGGGUGUCUUCAUAGCUAAUAGCGCCACCGUUGUCGAUCGCAUGAUUCGGGGUUCAGAUCUUCAGCCUCUCUUGGCGUCUCGCAUGGCCGAUGUCGACAAGUGGCGCAAGACUGGCGUUCAAAUCUACACCCUUGGAUGGCGUGAGCCAUCCACACAUCUCCUUGACGUGCAGUACACGAACCGUGGUCGACCAUCUUCCGGCGGUUCUGCUGGCAUCGACUCAUCGGCCAUGCACAAGGGGCUCAGCAGCAAGGACAAAGAUGCCAUUAAGGAGAAGUUCCGGUUAUUCAACGUCAGCUUUGACGAGCUGGUGGCUAAGCACAAGAGCCUCUACAUGGAGCGAGAAGUUCGAGAGAUCCUGGGCCGACAAGUGCAGCAGAUGAUCGAACCGCUGUACUGCCGCUUCUGGGAUCGAUAUCACGAGAUUGACAAAGGCAGGGGGAAAUAUGUCAAAUACAACAAAGCGGAAAUCUCGGGGGUAUUCUUGAGCCUGGGGUAA